UUAGCUCUGGGAGUGGCAGAGCCCAAAUGCACUCCGGGCUGCUCCAGCCACCUCGCCAGGGAUGUUACACAGGGCCUGCAAAGAGGAUGGGGAUUGGCCAGGAGCCUGCCCAGAGCUCCCCAGGCCCCCGUGCAGCUUUGGCCACAUCCAUUCACAUCUGGCUCCCACAACCUUACCCAACCCACUUGCAGUGCCCUGUUAUCUGAGGCAGAGGGGGCCACAACACACCAGGGAAAUGGUUCUGAUCUGUGCUCCCUUCUAGAUGGGGAUGGCAAAUUGCAUUAUUUGGAUGCCCUUCUGGAUGAUGGUUUAAGACUCUUGAAGAAUGCUGGAGGCAAGUUGUCCCUGUGUCUUUCUUAACAAUAUCCUGACAGCGCUGCAGGUGCCAGCACAGAUCCAUGCAUGUGUGUGCCCUCGACCUGUGCGAUCCCCUCACCGCUCCUGCGGCUCAGUGGUGCCUGUGCAGAUCAGCAGAGAUGGCAGAAGCUUCUGUGGCUGUUGUGUUACAGGUAUGCCUGCAGGGAGGACUUUCCCAGGUCCUUUGGUGGAUGUUGCACGCAAGCCCAGCUCCCAUCGCAAGGGUCCUCCGAGGCGAAAGAACAAAGCUACCGGUCACAAGAAACCCCAUGAGCCACUCAAAAUCACGGGACAAAUGGUGAAAGAAUUACUGCAAGCCGAACAAGAAGUGGAUGCAGAGGCUGGGCAGAAGGCGGCAUUUCCCGAAGGAAGCAGUGGUUCCGUGCCAGCCUCUGCUGUAGGAUUGGAAGCGAUGCCAGGCACAGGCACAGGAGGUUGGGAUCAAGACAUGGAUUAUCUGGAAAACCUGCUGGAUUAUGGCUUGAGACUCAUGAGAAAUCCUGGAGCUGAACCUGCUGGUGAAGGUGGUGCAGCUUCCCAAGCCACGUCCAGGACGGAGCCUCUGGGAGAUGCUGAGGAAGUGAUGGACCAAACAUCUGUGCAGAAGGAGGCACAUCCUGGAGGAAGCAUUUUCCCAUGGGGAGCCCCUGCUGCAGGGAGGAAGGCGAUGCCAGACACGGGCACAGGCACAGCAGAUGCAGCCGGCACCACAACACGUCUUCCCCAUGCCCAGAAAGGCCUCAGAAGUGUCUUCUAUAUGGGAACAGGCUGCUGGGCAGGGGUAAUGGCAGGCCUGCUACUGUUGGACCUUAUUCUCAUAUUGUGCUGUGUCAGAAUCUGGUGUUACUGGAAGAAGAAAUGGAGCACCUCUGGCACUUCACAAGACCGGCCAAAGGCCUCAGCCAUGGAGAACUUGGCCUGUCAUCAUGCAUCUGCGUGCCAGUGUCCAUUGUCCCUUCCUGAGGUGCAUUACCACCUUAUUACUGCAAAUACGCCGCAACCACUGCCUAGAAGAGAACCACCUCUCCCUGAAGGGACUGGCGUCGCUCUCCAUCCAGGACAGGAGGUGCAGCCUUCUAGCCACUUCAUGGAUUGUUGAAAAAGUUAUCAUUACUUCUAAAAUUUUUAAAUGUUUAUUAAAAACCUUAUUAGAAAUAUAAGAGGACACUGAAUAAAGACAAUUUUACGGCGCUGGGAGUAGAGGAUUUUUCCCACCAUGUGCUCAUCCACACAAUGGAGGUUUCACCUUUUAACUGUUUUGCUCUUAUUAAUGUUCUGUCUAUCGACUCCUUCUUUGAUGUCCAGUGGUGGAGUUUACUUCCUUACAUCUCGAUUGGAGGUCAGGUGCUGCCGUCGUAGCAAGGUGACCCUCUUAUAUGUCCCAAACUCAGGUAACUCCAUGAUAACACAACAGGGGGUAAAACAUAUCUAUAAAUAUAUAAAACUUCUCUUAACAUAUAUGCAUGAUAUUUAUCCUUUAAUUGUGAGAGUCAACUGUCACUUUACUCAUCUAUCACAGGCUUGAGUCCAGCUUCAGCUCAGGUGUCUG